AUGAAACGUUUAAGAAACAUUUUCAUGCUACUGAAAGCGUCCAAUUUGACGCCUUCGUUGAAUCAACCACAAAAGAUUAUCGUGUUUCUAAUAUACGUGAAGAAGGCAGAACUCAAAACACUUGAAGAUCGUCUCACCGAGUAUAAAGAAAAAAAGAGGAAGAAGAAGAAUUUAUUCCCUCAGAUAACUCAACAAUUACAUUUCAGGUCAAGUAAAAUAAAUUAUGUACCGAAAGUCUUUGACAAAUCCAUGAUCUUUGACUGA